UGAAAGCACUUCUGGUUUAAGCCUGGAUCUCAUCACAACUUUUACAGACUUGGAGUUCACAUAGGCUGUUGAAUCUCUUUUGCUUUCUGCAUGAUCUGAAAUGGUUAAUAACUGAGUGAUCUUGUAAAUUGGGUAAUCUGAGUUUGGCUGUUUUUCUAAACAGCUUUUUAAUCUGUUGGAGAGACCGUACAACAGUGCUAGCCGAGAAUGGAAGUUCAGAAUCUUUCCUUUUUAAAUGUGUUGUCAAGAGAGGUGUGGACCCUUGCAAUGUUUUUAUUUGUUUUUUUGAUUGUGUUUGAUGUUCUCCAUACUCGUGUUCCCAAGAAUUUUCCACCUGGUCCCUUUGGACUGCCGUUUUUCGGUAAUAUGCUUCAGCUGGACCUAAAGCAACCUCAUCUCCAGUUUUGCAAGUUUGCAGAGAAAUAUGGAGAUAUUUUUAGCCUGAGGAUUGGAUAUUCUUACCUUGUUGUCAUAAAUGGUUUAAAUGCUUUCAAAGAGGCUGUGGUUCACCAGACGGAUGUUUUUGCAGGAGCAGCAGCAUUUCCACUUUUUGAUGAUCUUGUCAAGGGACAUGGUAUACAGUUCUCAAAUGGGAAUGUAUGGAAAGAGCAACGCAAGUUUGCACAAAUGACUUUAAGAAGAUUUGGUGUUGGACAAAAAUCUUUGGAAGCACAAAUUCUUGAGAAAAUUAAAGAUCUUCAAGAUGUGUUCAAAAGAGAGAAGGGACAACCAUUCAAUCCCCAAACCAAGAUAAAUAUAUCAAUUGUAAAUAUAAUCUGUUCAAUUGUUUUCGGAGAACAAUACGACGGUACUGGUACCCAUGCUGAUUUACAAGAAGUCCGUCUUUUAGUUGACAAAUUUGCAAAUCUUUUGGAGAAUAUUUGGGUUCAGCUGUAUAAUUCAUUUCCAAAAUUAGUGAGACAUCUGCCAGGCCCACAUAAUGAUCUGUUUGCUUCAUGGAGAAGUUUAGAGGACCUUUUCCAAAAGAAAAUCAAGCAGCACCGGGAGAGACUGAACCCAUCAGAACAAAAGGAUUUCAUUGACUGCUUCCUAUUACAAAUGCAAAAGGCUGCUCCUAACUCUAGUUUUGAUGACCAAAAUCUGCUGUAUACAUCAUUGGAUCUUUUCUUUGCUGGAUCUGAGACGACAAAUACCACAUUACUUUGGGCACUGCUGUACAUGGCAGGGUAUCCAGACAUUCAAGAGAAAGUCCAUGAUGAGAUUGUGAGUUUAAUUGGCCAGCGAGAUCCUAUGAUGGAUGAUCGAAUCAAUCUUCCUUACACCAAUGCAGUUGUUCAUGAAAUACAGAGAAAAAGUGUCAUAGUCCCAUUUACACUUAACAGGGAAACUACUCGAGAUACGACAGUGGGAAAAUAUUUCAUACCAAAGGGCACACAGGUAAUAACAAACCUCUACUCAGUGUUGAUGGACAAAUCAGAAUGGGAAACACCUGAGGAAUUUAACCCUGAACACUUCCUGGACAAAAAUGGGAAAUUUGUGAGAAAGGAAGCAUUUGUCCCUUUCUCUGGAGGAAAACGCAACUGCAUGGGAGAAUCACUGGCUAGAAUGCAAUUGUUCCUUUUCUUCACUUCUUUACUGCAGAAGUUCAAAUUUGUUUUUCCUGCGGGUGUCAAGCCAAGUUUUGAUGCUGUAAUGCAUUUAGUACGUCGCCCUCAGCCAUAUGAGAUAUGUGCAAUUCCACGCUGAA